AAGAAGAAGAAUCAUUCCUUUCUACAGGUGCAGUUAAAAGAAGACUCGUCAUACUGUUCUACAGGUGCAUUCGGUAGGGCGUCGAGUUUUUGUUCUUCGAAAUGAUAUUUCAAUCGGAGUGGGCCACAGUUUCAACAAUUACUUAACCAUACAUAGAUUUUUGGAUUAAUCGAAAAGUUUUGAUUUGAAAGUGACUAUCGAAAUCGGACACUUCACCAGCUUUGAAAACAAAUAGGGCUUCAAUUGUCGGGGCCGAUAUGUUUGUCGGCGGCUUGGUAUCGGUGUUUGUCUUCCUUCAUGCAACAGGUAUAGACUGUGCCUUCACAGUCACAACCAGCAAUGCAGAUGUGAGGGCUAAAGAAAAUGAAGGUGCUGAUCUUACCUGCACUCACUCUGCUGACUUUGGUGCAAAUGCCAGAGUUGAGUGGAAGUUUAAGGACAUGAAGGGCUCUACAACUCAUGUCAUUUUUGAUGGGAAACCUACCACACCGUAUGCCGGCCGUGUCAAUAUGUUUGAUGGGGUGCUGAGGUUCAUUGACGUGACGCGGAACGAUAAUGGGGAGUUUUAUUGUGCCGUGUCUGGUAGUCAGAAGUUUGGGGAGGUCAAAGUGAAGCUCACCGUUUUAGUGCCUCCAUCCAUGCCUAUGUGUAGGGUCCCAGCCUCUGUGACAACGGCGCAUAGCGUGCUGCUUUCCUGCUAUGAUGCCCAGGGGUCACCUCCCCCUACCUACAAGUGGUACAAAGACAAUAACCCUCUCCCGGAGGACCCCAGCAAGUUCGCUGCCUUCAAGAACUACACCUACAAGAUCAACACUCUCAUUGGCAACCUGGAGUUUCCGUCUGCUUCUAAGAUGGAUACAGGAGACUACAGCUGUGAGGCUGUGAACGACGCCGGCCCUGCUAAACGCUGUCAGGCUGUCAGAAUGGAAGUCCGUGACAUCAACACUGGAGGUAUUGUUGCCGGGGUGAUCGUGGCUCUCCUAGCCCUGGCCCUGCUGGGCUUUGGACUGUGGUACGCCCGCCGCAAAGGAUACCUGCCCAAAAAGAGUGCAAGCCAACCCAAACCCUCAGUGGUCUACCAGCCAACAUCGGAGUAUGGCGAUGAAGAGGAUGGGGAAUUCAAACAGAAGUCUUCUUUCGUGGUAUAGCCAGGGUAUGCAACACAUAUCCAGGAUAUACUCAGGAGUCUACGGCAACGACAAUGAAUACGGGUGCGUCCCAAUAACAUCUCCCUUUUCUCCUGAAGUGUGCUCUUGUUCACUGCUUCCCACAAAUCUCAAAGCAUUGGAUUGGCAGUGGCAUGGGCUUGUGGGAGUUUCCACAUUUUUUUCCUUAUACCAGCCAUUUCCUUUCAAAUCAGUGAAGCAAAGUGCACACUUUGGGAGGAAGGAGAGAUAAUUGGGUAAAUGCUAAUACCACUGGCCCUUUUACCUGCUCGGUGUGGAUUGAUUUUAAUGUUAUCUUUUUUUAAUUCCAUCUGUUUAUAAAAACUAUUUCCACUUUAAUAUUUCUCUAACCGGCAGUCUACCUACUGUAUGUCUGCAUUAUUUUGUGGCGGCUGUGUGUAUAGGACUUUUCUAUUUUCCCCAAAAUAUUUCAAUAACGCUGGUCAUUGAUAUUUUUCUAACCCCAAUCGAACAUGCAUUUUAUGCCCUGCGUCCCAAAUUGCACCCUAUUCACUAUAUAGUGACUAGAAGGAAGGGGAAAGGGAAUACCUACUCUGUUGCACAACUGAAGGCAUUCAACCAAAAUGUCUACUGCAUUUAACCCAACCCCGCUGAAUCGGAGAGGUGUGGCGGGCUGCCUUAAUCGACAUCCAUGUCAUCUGUGCCUGGGGAGUAGUUGUUGUGGGUUAACUGCCUUGCUCAAGGGCAGAAGGGGAUUUGAACCAAAGACCUUUUGGUUUCUUGCGCAACACUUAACUGCUAGGCUAGCCCAAUAUAGAGCUCUAUGGGCCCUGGUCAAAAGAAGUGCACUAUAUGGGGAUUAGUGUCAUUUUGAGCUACAACCUACAUUCUUCACAAGGGAUUCACCUUGUGAAAUCUUGAUUGUUCAACCUGACACAAGCUUUGGAAAUUCCACAGCUCCCUCUGUCCCAUGCCUGGCUGUAUCCCAAAUGGCACCCUAUUCUGUAUAUACUGCACUACUUUUGACCAAGGCUCUAGGGCAUUUAUGUAGGGAAUAGGGUGCAGUUUGAUACGCAUACCUUGUGUGCUGUGAAUAUCCAUGCUGUUAAGUGAGUUGUAAUGUGAAAUGUUUUGUUUACGGUAGCUACAGAUAGUUUUAAAUUGUGUUUGAUCAACUCACAUCGAGCUUUAUUUAUACAGCACAUUUCUGACAUGGAAUGCAACACAAUGUGCUUUACAGGGGUGGUGGUGGUGGGGGGGGGGAAUAAAAACAAUAAAUAAACUGAUAUUUACUACACUUUACUACACUACAUAAGAGCAGAAAAAAACUAAAGAAUAACAAACUGAAUGACUAAAAAGCACCCUAAGGAAAUGCAUAUCUAAAAAGAUGUAUUAAGAUCUCUUUAAAUAAUGUCCACAGUUUUGACCCCCCUCAGGUUCUCUGGCAGGCUAUUCAAGAGUCUGGGGGCAUAGUAACUAAAGGCUGCCUUUCCAUACCUCUUGGUCCUAGGGAUAGUUAAAAGGCCAAUGCCAGAGGAACCUACUGGGUACAUAACUUAAAAGCAUGCCUUACAUGUAUUGGGUGCACAAUUGUGGAUUGAUUUUAAAAACCAAUAGAAUAAUCUUAAAGUAAAUUCUAAAACUCACAGGCAGCCAGUGCAGGGACCAUAAAAACAGUGUAAUGUGGCUUCUCCGUCUGGUCUUGGUCAGGACCCGUGCUGCAGCAUUCUGUAUGUUUUGCAGUUGACCACUGGCUUUCUUGGGUAGACCAGACAGGAGAGCAUUACAGUAGUCAAGCAUGCUUGGAAUAAAAGCAUGGAAACGGACCCACCUUGGCAAUGUUUCUCAGGUGGUAAAAUGCUAUUUUGGUCACAUUCCUAAUGUUUGUAUUCUUCAAAUUUGUAUUGUUUGUUGCUGGUCCCAGAUCGGUUUAUGCUGCUGUGUCAACUCUUUGUCACUCACUAUUAAACACGUUUGGCAUGACAAUUCCAUGAGAAGUUGUCAAGGGCAGUAACAGACUAGCAACCAGGCUUGUUGAGAUGAACAGUCUCCUUCUUUGCAAGUUAUCAAGUUUAGCAUCCCAAAGAUGUUGCUGUGAGCACAAUAUCCCAUCAUACAAGGUACAUGGGUGCAGUCGUACUUAAGAUAUUUAUUUUGCAAAAAUUAGUCAGGUCUUAAUCUAGAUCCUUUUUAUUGAGCAUUUUACGAUUUUGACAGAUUCAUGUAUUUGUUGUUUUAUAAGGUAACACCUGAUUCUAAUAUUAAAUCAUAUUUGAAGAACAGUC